AGUUCCCCUGUCCGCCGCCGCUGCGCUGCUUUUUGGUAAACACAACAGGCUUCCGGUGCAUAUCGACUUUCUGCCUGUUCGCCUGGUAACCGAUGAAUUUCGUUGAUAAUUUGAACAAAUGGGCGAGUAGAGUGGAUAUGGACUUCGGGAACAAACUGAACCAGGCUCUCUCCUCUAGCUCUAAAUUUCUACCCACAGCAGGACCGAGGGGUGCGCCGUUUCAGCACUACGGCCGUCCAUUGGGGCACGGAGUGAAAGUCAAAGAGGAGGACGAGAGUGUCGAGGAUUUUUUUCAUUUCGCCCAACAUCUUCAGCAGCAGACAGGAGAGUGCCUUACAGCUUGCUGCGGUGGAGCAAAUCCCAAAACUACGGCGCUCACCCCAACUCUAACCACCUCAGCCCUCCCUAACUCCCUCCCCAGCCCCCUACCCAAACCAAACCUCCAGCCUUCAGCUGAGAGGCCGUACCACUGCCAAGACUGCGGCAAGUAUUUCAGAAUUAGCGACAUUAAGCGCCACCAGAGAAUCCACAGCGGCGAGAGGCCGUUCCCGUGCUUCCAGUGCGGUAAAAAUUUCCCCACGUCGGGAGACCUGAAAAGGCACGAGCGGAUCCACACGGGAGAGCGGCCGUACCACUGCCUGCAGUGUGGCAAGAAUUUCUCUGACUCCGGCCACCUGAAACAGCACGAGAGAAUGCACACAGGAGAGAGGCCUUACCAGUGUCCACAGUGCGCCAAGCGCUUCUACAGAUCUGGAGACCUAAAGAGACAUCUCCGUAUUCACAGCGGGGAGCGGCCUUACAAAUGCCCCCAGUGCGACAAGACCUUUUCUGAUUCUGGACAUUUGCGGGGUCACCAGCGCAUUCACACUGGGGAGAGGCCUCACCGCUGCUCUCUGUGCGAGAAGAGCUUCUUUAGGUCGGGUGACCUGAAGAGGCACCACAGGACGCACACAGGAGAGAGGCCGUACCAGUGCUACCAGUGUGGGAAGAGCUUCUCUGAGUCGGGACACCUGAAGGAGCACAGGCGGAUUCACACAGGCGAAAAGCCGUACCAUUGCAACCAGUGCGACAAGAGUUUCUCCAGGCUGGAGCGGCUCAAGGGCCACCAGAGCAUCCAUACUGGCGAGAGGCCCUUUCACUGUGCUCAGUGCGGCAAGAACUUCUUCAGGUCUGGAGAGCUGAAGAGGCAUCAGAGGAUACAUAACGGGGACAGAGCAUAAAUUCACUGGUAUUAGCGCAUUAGUGUUUUUCGUCUCGGUUUUACAGGGCAUUCACAUUUGGCAUAUAUUUCAUUUUAUUUUAUUUGUGGCCAUUCUGACUGCUAACAUCACAGAACUACAGGAUGACUUCUGUUCUGGGUGACAGUCUAGAGACACUCUAGGAUUAAAGGAUUGCUCUAAUGUUUUUCAACCUAAUGUCUAACUGUUCAUCUUUAUUAUAUGGUUGAUUUGAUUAGCAGGUAAUUAGCAGUUGAUUUUAUAAGCCUCCAUAUCAUCCAAAAGUUUAUCACUAUUUUAAAAACAGGGUUAAAACACACUGUUCGUUCCCAUUCCUGGUUCUCAUGUGACUGCAAAAAUGUACAGUUUUGAAUGAGUUGUUUUUGUAAUGUCACAAAAAUCAAGUUAAAUGUGCACCUAUGCAGCCUACAGCGCUUCACAAAUUUGGGUCCAAAAUUUAAAACCUGCAUUUUAUUCCUGCUUUUGGAAUGAGGCGUAAUGCAGGGACAGAGACCGUUAACAUGGUAAUGUAGUUAUAACGACACCAGACACCUAUUUUAUAACAAAAAUGGGCAGGCUCAUACUAACAAAUAAGAGAGCACAUUAAAUAGCGCCUUUUUUGUAGCACAUAGACAAAUAUGUGGACGUUGACUCAGAACAUAAAAUUGUUAAACUAUUAAGAUAAUUUAAGCCAUUGUUUGUACUUGCAUGUUAUGCUUAAGCAGCAAAUAGGAUGGGUGGAGAAUGUUUUAAGAAAUAUUUUCCCCAUAUCCUGCCUGCUUUAUAUAUAUUGAUUCUAAUGGGAAGUUUGUUAUUUUUAUUAAAUCUAGACAGUAUGAUUGAUGGAAAAGCAAUAGAGCAUUUCUUUAAGGCAUGUUUCUAAAGGGCAGAAGCAAAAACCUGCAUCCCCAUCAAAUCUUGUGGUAGGAGGCCCAGCCAUACCUGUGCUAGCUGAUGUAUUUAUCCCAAAUUUUAAGGAAAUUUAUGACUGACUUUUUGACAUUCCUUAAAAAAAGGAACUUCUUUGAAUUUCUUUUCAAACCGAGAUAAAACUGUAGAUCUGUUUUACUUCCUUACAUCCAAACGAGAACGUAUUCCUGAUCACUUUAUAACCGCUACCUCUUCAUGCCUUUAUUUACAGGAAAGUUGCACAGUCUGUUGUGGUUGCCUUCCAUCAUCAAAAUGAGUCCACUGUUACACACUGACAGGCAACCUCUGCUUCAGGCUAAAGUGACAUCUAUCUAUUAUUUCUUUCCUGUAGAGAUCCCUAUAGACGCUCGUAUUCCUGAUACUUUUAAAAGUGGCGUUUAAAUUGUGUGUACAGUAUAGUACAAUGUUUGUAUAUUGUAGCAAGGUAUAUUGUCGAGUGAAAGACUCUUUAGAACUGUAUAUUGUAAAGGAGAUUAUUGAUGUGUAUGCUUACUUCCCUUGUGUUUGCUAUUGCGUUAUUUAGCUUUAUUACUUUUUAAACCCUUCAUAAUUGUGUGCUGAAUUCUUGUACUGUGCAGAAGCAGUCAGCGCCUCUGAAGGUUGACUUCAGUAAGAGAUGUGUGUCCCUGACAUGCAGUUUUUCUCAAUUAUUUUUUAAAUGUUAAUUUUAUUUGAUGUAUCACUGUAUGUAAUGGCACACAAUGAUUUUAUGCUCGCUUCUGCCACUGUUGUGGCACUGUAAAAUGCUACUGUACUCAUCAUAUAGAGAAUACAUGGGGAAAUAUUCUUAGGUUAAUGAGACACUCUUUCCACUCCUUAAAUGUAGUCACCACUAUCUUUAAAAGUAAUAUUUACCAAGUGUGAGGGCAAGUCCUUAACCCUGGAACCACAUUUUCUAAUUCAUUUGCAUUUAAUUCAAAACAUUUGGGAUCUGCAUUGUUGGGGGGAUUGUAUAUUAAUCAGAUUGUUCACAGAUAAUGUGAAUUAUUAGAUUUAGUGUCUAACUACAUUUUUUGUUUGUUUUUGUCAAAAGUUUUUAUUUCCAUAUUUUGCUGUCAUUUUUUUAACAUGUGUAUUUAAUCAUUAUGGGAUUGGUUUAGUUUCACAGGCCUUGAUUCACUCAGACAUUUUAAACGAUACUUCAUGUAUUAUUGUGAAAAACAUUGAGGGUGGAUUACCACAUAGGAUGGUAGUUAAUAAGAUAACCUUUGAAGCAUUUUUCUGAUUGAAUCCAGGCCCUAGAGUAGGUGUGGUGUUUUCUGACCCCUGGGCUUCCCUUCCUUUGGCUGUGCAUGAGUGCUUUCUUCAUAUGUUAAUGUAAUUAUCCCUUAUUUGCACAAAAUAAAUACAUAAUCUCUACUGACA